AUGGGCCGUGGUGGAGCAGCAUCAUCCCGCGGACGCGGCAAGUUCAAGCCCUCGCGCGGCGGCGGCCGCCACUUCUCGCGCGACGUCACGAUGAAGGCGUACGGGCGUAACCCCGAGGCGUCCGAGUCCGAGUCGGAGGAGGAGGACGAGUCGGAAGAAGAGGAGGAGGAGGAGCAGGUGACCCUCACCCCCGCCAUGGCCGCGCUCAACCUCAAGCUCGGCAACACCGAGGAGGUAGCCCAGCCCGAGGAGGAGGAGAUGAGCCGUGCCGACCGCAAGGCGCUCAAGAAGAAGCAGGCCGAGGAGGCGGCCAAGAAGAAGGGCGCCGCCGGCCCCAAGGACGGCAGCGACGAGAGCGAGGACGAGCUCCUCAACCCCUUCAAGGCGAAGAAGGUCGAGCCUAGCAGGAAGGAGCGCGAGGCCGCAGAGAAGAAGAAGGCUGCCGAGCGCUAUGCCAAGGCCCACGCCGCCGGCCAGACCGAGCAGGCAAAGUCGGACCUUGCGCGUCUCCAGGAGAUCCGCAAGAAGCGCGACGCCGCCGCCGCGCAGCGCAAGGCCGAGCAGGAGGAGGCCGCACGCGAGGCUGCCGAAAAGGCCGCCAAGCAGAAGCGCCUUUGA